UCCAGACCCUCGGAGGGGACAGGCCAGAAUUAAGCCUACUGCUUUUAGGGUUUCCACCUCUUCUCUUUCCCCCCUAGACGUGGGAAGGGAAGGCAGCCUCUUUCGGGUCUUCCGGGCAGCUGUGUAAAGGGGAAAUCCUGGGCCCUCUUACUCCCUGGGGGCUUCUGCGCAGUCAGUUCAGGGGCAUCUCCUCCCUCCUCCUUCAGAGAACUCACCCCUCCCGCCCUACAGGCCCGCAGCCUCUCUCCCCUGGCCUAGAGUCUCCUGCAGCCCCCUGGAUCUUCUCAAAUCUUCCCCGGGAAGCCCCAAGCUUCCUAACAAUGACCCCUUACAGUGUCCCCCUCCCCCAUGAAUCAACACGCGCAACGCCCCUUCGCAGAGCCCCUCCAGGCAAUGCCCCUUCACAGACCCCCUCCAGGUAUCGCGCAGACCCCUGGCCCGCCCCGGGAUGUCCUCUCCCUCCUCCCCUCCGCGCCUAGGUUUCCCCAGUUGAGCGUCCCCUGCCUGGCCUGCCGUCGAGCGCUGUGGGCGGGACUCCGGGGCUGCUGCCCCCCCGAGGGGCGGGGCCUGCCGCGCCUGGGGGCGGGGCCACCGGAGGCCGCGCCCGGCCGGGUUCCUGGAGCCUAUAAAGCGAGGCGACCCGCUGCCCGCCCGGCUGGCAUCCCCAAGCCGCCGCCAGCCCCGCCAAGCGGAGCCAGCGCCGCCACCGAGGGGCGCCCGGCGCCGGAGCCAUGACCCUUCGCCGACUCAGGAAGCUGCAGCAGAAAGAAGAGGCGGCGGCCGCCCCGGACCCCGCCACUCGGGCUCCCGACUCGGAAGUCGCUCCCGCCGCUCCCACCCCGACUCCGGCCUCGGGCCCCCCUGCUGCAGCCGCCACCCCUGGGCCCCCGGGGGACGAGCUGUAUGCUGCGCUGGAGGACUACCACCCUGCAGAGCUGUAUCGCGCGCUCGCCGUGUCCGGGGGCACCCUGCCCCGCCGAAAGGGCUCAGGAUUUCGCUGGAAGAAUCUCAACCAGAGUCCUGAGCAGCAGCGGAAAGUGCUGACUUUGGAGAAGGAGGAUAACCAGACCUUCGGCUUUGAGAUCCAGACGUAUGGCCUUCACCACCGGGAGGAGCAGCGAGUGGAGAUGGUGACCUUUGUCUGCCGAGUUCAUGAGUCCAGCCCUGCCCAGCUGGCAGGGCUUACACCAGGGGACACCAUUGCUAGCGUCAAUGGCCUGAAUGUGGAAGGCAUCCGACAUCGAGAGAUUGUUGACAUCAUUAAGGCGUCUGGCAAUGUUCUCAGACUGGAAACUCUGUAUGGGACAUCAAUCCGGAAGGCGGAACUGGAGGCGCGCCUGCAGUACCUGAAGCAAACCCUGUAUGAGAAGUGGGGAGAAUACAGGUCCUUAAUGGUGCAGGAGCAGCGGCUGGUGCACGGCCUCGUGGUGAAGGACCCGAGCAUCUACGACACGUUGGAGUCGGUGCGCUCCUGCCUCUACGGUGCGGGCCUGCUCCCCGGCUCGCUGCCCUUCGGGCCUCUGCUCGCCGUGCCUGGGGGCCCCCGCGGGGGCGCACGGCGGACCGGGGGCGACACCGACGACGCUGUCUACCACACGUGCUUCUUUGGGGACUCGGAGCCACCCGCGCUGCCACCCCCGCCGCCGCCCGCCCGCGCCCUGGGGUGCCCCGCCGAGGUCCCGAACCCCGGGUCGUGCCCGGGGCCUCGGGCUGCGCUGAGCCGCAGCGCCAGUGUGCGCUGCGCGGGCCCCGGGGGCGGCGGGGGCGCGCUCUGGACUGAGGCCCGCGAGCAGGCCCUGUGCGGCGCCGGCCUGCGCAAAACCAAGUACCGCAGCUUCCGCCGGCGGCUGCUCAAGUUCAUCCCCGGACUCAACCGCUCCCUAGAGGAGGAGGAGAGCCAGCUGUAGGGGCGAGGGCGGGCAGGGGAGGUAUUUAUUUAUUUAUUCAUUCGUAUCCGCCAGUGCAAAGUGGGGGUGCCGGGCCAGGAGGACCCCAGGAGCCCAAAGCAGUGGGAGAGGGUCCUUGUGAGCCCCGGCCGGCUGGCUGAGGGAGUGGGGGGCCCAGACCCCUUCUCUCCUCCUCCCCUAAACCACAGUGGGAGCUGGAGCAGGGGGAGAACCAGGCAGUCGGGGUUGGGAGAGGUUUGGGGGCCAAAGAUGGGUCAUGCUAUCGUACAGUCUGGGUCAGUAGUGCCUUGUGGGAUGUCCAGGAACACUCCCCCACCGGGGAGUGGAGGACCCUGUCCCACGAAGCCCUCUCCUCAGCUUUACCUGCUCCCCCGGCCCUUAGCCCUGGGGAAAAAUGGCCCAUGGUGAGCCGUCCCCCACCCUCCACACACACACACAGUUCCAGUGGGCCCCAGGGCGCCUAAGGUGCUGGUUCCCUCCCUCCUAGCCUUGACCCCUAAGGGCUUGGCCCCUUCCGGGGGCCUGUAACUACGUGGGGUCCUGGGACAGGGGUCCUGGGUUCUGUGCGCCUUGGGGACAGGAGCCAGCAUAUUCAGGUGGGGUGGGGGCAGCACAGACUGCUCCACCGUUUUGCAUAUUGUUGCUUCUGAACCACAAAGUAUAUAAAAUUGACGGUUUUUUUGCA